AUGUCCCACUUCGUUUUCGCAAUUUAUUGUAGCCUCUGCAUCGCAAGCGUCGCAAGCGCGAGAGCGGGCGACUCGCGCCGCGGCAACGAGUCUGCAUCGAGCGACAGCAGCAGCAGCAUGGCGCGUCAAGGCGGAAGGGUCGUCGACGAUGACAGUGAUGAUGUUGAUGUGCCAGUGGCGUCCUCUAGCAGAGGCCCUGCAAUGCCCAGCUCGAUAGCCGAAAAGCUCGAGGAACUAGCAUCAGAGAUUCAGCAAGUGGAUGAUGACAUCUCAGAGUCCCUCGAGAAGCAGAGACGCCAGCUGCUAGCCAAGGCGCAAGCUCAGUCAGGCUACAAUAGCAACGGCAAUAGCGUUGCCACGGCUGGACCUUCACGACUGGCUGCCGGAACAGACUACACACAAUCCACCUUCCCCUGGUCGGGCGAGCUGCUCAACAGGGCAAAGGCGACGUGGGGCAUUGAGAAGUGGAGGAUGUGCCAAGAGGGUGUCGUGAAUGGCGGAGGCAAGUCGCUGUGCUACCAAUUGCCGGCCAUCAUGAGUCCAGGCGUGACCCUGGUCAUUUCGCCGCUCAUCUCCCUCAGUACAGACCAAUGCUUUCACCUCCGAGAUGCGGGCGUACCCUGCGAGUUCAUGUCCAGCGCACUAGACAGGCCAGAGGCGAACAGCAUCCUCCGCCGCAUCAAGAACUCUGGGCGACAGCAGCCAGGUGACGAAGAGAUACAGAUUCUGUUUGUCACGCCAGAGCGCGUCGCCAAAUCCAAGACGCUCCUCUCCUCUCUCCAGACGGCCUACCAGCGCCAUCGACUGGCUCGGGUCGUCAUCGACGAGGCUCAUUGCUGCUCCAAUCAGGGUCACGACUUUCGCCCAGACUACCGCAAGCUCUCUAUGCUGCGAAAACUCUUCCCCGAAACGCGAGCCACUUGCCUGACCGCAACCUGCUCGCCGAGCGUCCUACAAGACGUCCUCGAGAUCUUGGGCAUGCCUGACACGACUGAGCCUCCGAACGCACGGCCGAACAAGACUGUCUUCUUCACCGCCCCACUACAUCGUCCGAACCUGAACUACAAGGUCGUUCCUCGGCCCUCAGCAAGCGCAGCUGCCAACCAGGCCAUCGCCGACUGGAUUCUCGAGCACCACCCCAACGAGACGGGCAUCGUCUACUGCCUCAGCAAAAAGGAUACCGAGACAAUGGCUGAUGCUCUGAGCGAGCUCAGCGAGGGGAAGAUCCGAGCAGGCGUCUAUCACGCCGACGUCGAUGAUCGAGAGAAGCACCGCAUCCAUGUACGCUGGCGCGAGGGUAGAAUUCGCGUCGUGUGCGCGACAAUCGCCUUUGGGAUGGGCAUUGACAAGCCCGACGUCCGAUUCGUCCUUCACAGUGGCGUCUCCAAGUCGCUGGAGGGCUAUUACCAGGAGAGCGGCAGAGCAGGUCGAGAUGGCAACCCGUCAGACUGCGUCCUCUUCUACCGACCGCAAGACGCCUCACGCAUGGCCAGCUUGGUCGCGGGUGAGCCCACUGGACGCGAGAAGCUCGGCGCUAUGCUCGACUACGCGCAGAGCAGUCGGUGUCGCAAGGUCAUCUUCGGCGAGUACUUCUCCGACGCCUAUCAGGACGAAGAAACAUGCGGUCGAUGCGACAACUGCCUUGAGCCGCCUGAGCCGCGCGACUGCUCCUUCUAUGCCUGGCAGAUUGUCAACGCCAUGCGCGAGAUGUACGACGAUGGCGGGCGAGUGACGCUGGGUAACCUGGCAGAUUUGGUGCGCGGGCUCAAGGGAGGACAGUACACAGUCAUUGCAGACUCCCGUGGUGGGAAGAAGAAACGCAAAGGCGCCAGCAGCGGCGGCCAGACGGCGCUGCUCCAGAUGGACCAGCACGGUGGCAAGAUCACGGAGCUGAGCAGCGACGACGUUGAGCGGGUGAUUGUGGCGCUCCUCAACAAGCAGUACCUCGACGACGAGUACAACGCCACGGCCUACUCGGUCAACGUGUAUGUGAAGCCGGGUCCACAGGCUAUUCGACUCACUCGUCUGUCCGAGGAGAAUGCUCGACAGUUGACUGGUCUGCUCGACGUCAAUCUGUCGUCCAAGCCAAAGAAGAAGGCAAAGGCGAGGAAGAGCAAUGCUGAAGAGGAGAACGGCGAGGGGACUGCUGCAGGCAGCAAGAAAAAGGGCAACGGGUCGAGUGGACCGCCAAAGAAGAGGCAGCAAGGAAAGGAGCGCACCCUGACAGACGAUCUCGACGACAUCAUUGACUCGGACGAGGAGGCCGCUUUCACCGAAAGUGCAUCUGCAGCAGCAGAGUCGAGCUCAAAGCCGGCGCCAGGACCCACAGCGACGGCUGGUCGCUCCUUCUCUGGCACGCAACGACCCAUCAGCGAGCUUCUCGAGCGUAUGUCCGCAUCGCGCAGCAAGAGCGGGGAGCAAGGCCAGGAGUACAAGAAGAAGCGAAUCCGCCCCUCGAGCAGUGAUGAGGAGGAUGACGACAUCGAAGUUGACAGAUUUGGCUGGCAGGUGAUGCCAUCGAGGCUUGCAGGCAAGUCUGCUUUACCGACGUCGAGCGGGAGCAGAUCGUCGGGCGUUAAGGACGAGCCCAUCGAGAUCGACUGA